AUGAGCAAUAAAGAUGAUCACGAUCAAGAGCCGAAAGGCUUAUCGAAUGCCCCUCCUUCCGCGCAGCCAGAACCUGUCUCUUCUAGUCCAGCAGUAACUGCUGACGGUCAAGAUCUCGAUGAAGCUAUUGAUAUUGCAAAGAGUGUGGUCGCUGCCUCACAGCACCAUUCGCUCAAGCACCAUCUGCUCGGUCCUUCUCUCACCAAAGCCGGCCAAGGUGGCGUUGAUCAGAAGAAAGUCGCGGAUGUAAUCUAUGAAGCGUCGAAAGGCAGCAAGUUCUUCAACAACGAAGAGGUGAAGGAUAAGAAUUUGACAGUCAAGAUCGAGCGCAUCCUCAAGCAGAAGGCUCAGCUGGAAAAGUUGGAUCUAAAGCACGACCUGCGACGAGCCGACGCCUAUAUUACCGAACUGGAGUUGUCAAGAGAUUUAAGUCAAUAUGUCGUCCACAUAGAUUGCGACGCAUUCUAUGCUGCAGUUGAGGAGAUAGACAGGCCAGAACUCAAGACCGUGCCUAUGGCUGUGGGGCAAGGCGUGCUCACAACUUGCAACUACGAAGCUCGAAAGUAUGGUUGCCGGAGUGCAAUGGCUGGUUUUGUCGCGAAGAAGCUGUGCCCUCAGCUGAUUUGCCUGCCUCUGAAUUUCGACAAGUACACUGCUAAAGCGAAGGAAGUACGAGUCGUUCUGGCAGAGUACGAUCCAGGUUUUGAGAGUUCGAGCAUUGAUGAGGCAUAUCUCAAUGUAACACAGUACUGUGAGGAUCACCAUCUCGGCCCUGAGGAUGCUGUCGCUCAACUUCGUAGGGAAGUCCAUCAAAGAUGCAAGAUCACAAUCUCCGCUGGCGUUGCGCCGAAUGCUAAAAUCGCAAAGAUAUGUUCCAACAAGAACAAACCUAGCGGACAAUUUCGUAUCCCCAAUGACAGAAACGCGGUUAUGUCUUUCGUAAGCAAUUUACCUGUACGAAAGGUGAAUGGUGUUGGACGAGUCCUUGAAAGGGAGCUUGAUGCUAUCGGGGUCAAGACAUGCGGCGAUAUUUAUGAGCAUCGUGCUUACCUCAGUCGGCUGUUUGGGGAGAAAACAAUGCAAUUCCUGCUACAGACUUAUCUAGGCUUGGGCCGGACCGACGUGCAACCAGCCGAUGAUCACCAAAGGAAGAGUGUUGGCACAGAAAGUACGUUCCGCGAUAUGUCAAACAAGGCCGAAUUGAGGUCAAAAUUACGGCAUAUUGCUGAAGAGCUCGAGAAGGACAUGAAACGUGUGGAAGUGAAAGGCCGAACAUUAUGCUUGAAAAUAAAAUUGCAUACCUACGAGGUAUUUACGAGACAGGUUUGCACUCCUAAAGCAAUAUCGAUGGCAGAUGACCUCUACAAUUAUGCCCUGCCCAUGCUCACGAAGUUGGAGAAGGAAAUACCUAAUAUGACGCUACGCCUGAUGGGUUUGAGAGCCACACACCUGCUCAGCACGAAGAAAGCAGAUGUAGACGCCUUCUUCGCCAGAAAACAAGUCACGUCCAGACCAGUCAACAGUAAUAUUGAAGGAGAGUGGGAAGUCUGGCCUGACGAGGAGUUCGAGGAAGCGGCCAGACAGGAACGUGAGGCCGAGUUCCAGGAAAUGGAGAGGUUGAGCCAAGGAUACGACGAUCUCCCUAAAACGACGAACAAUUCUCUGCCAUUUCCCGGCACAGAUAUCGCUGACUUACCAGAGCAUGGCAGCCCUCACGUGGACUCGCUGCAGAACUUCUCGACAGCAGACUGGCAUGAACCCUUUGGUCGGUACAAAUACGGUUCGGCACCAAACACUCCGGACAAGGCACAAUUGAAUAAGCAAGUCUCCCAGGACGGCACAUGGGAUUGUCCCGUGUGUGGGGCUCCCCAAGCCGCGAACGACAAAGAUUUCAACGAACAUAUCGAUCUCUGUCUCAGCAGGGGCACAAUUCGGGAUGCAGUAGCGGAAGUUGCGAGUGCCCAUGGGCCUGAAGAUAAGACGCCCAACCGUCCAGUAAGCGCUAUGGGCGUGAAACGGAAAGGUGGUACCACAACAGAGUUGGCGGGAUCUAAGCAGAGAAAGUUGUUUUUUGCAUAG